AUGCGUGUCACACUUUCCAAUCUGGCACUUUUUGUCUGUGCUACUCUAGCCGCACCUGCGCCAAACGCCACAACGUCCACGCAAGAAACGCGCAGCCUUGACGAAAUUUACGAAGCAGCUGUAGCUGAAGGUGGCGUUGUCACUCUUUGGCAUGGCGGCGACGAAAAGACUCAGCAAAACGCCCUGAAGGCUGCCUUCGAGAAACGAUUUCCCAAAAUGACUCUUAACGUCACGGUCGACCUUUCCAAAUACCACGAUGGAAACAUAGAUUUGCAACUCGCAAACGACAAUGUAUACGUCGACAGCGUUAUUCUUCAAACACUGCAUGACUACCCACGCUGGAAGAAGGCAGGCGCUUUGAUGAAUUAUGCGCCCUUGAACUUCGACAAGGUCUACCCCCAGUUCAAGGAUGCAGAUGCAGCCUACACCGGACUGUUCAUUAUUGCUUGGGGUCUCUCUGCCAACCUGAACAAGACGAGUGCAGUGCCUACUGCAUACGAAGAUUUUAUCAAACCUGAGUAUAAGGAUAAGCUCAUUCUGACUUAUCCUAACGAUGAUGAUGCGGUCUUGUACCAGUUCGAUAUCAUCUUGGAAAAACUUGGCAUGAAAUGGUUCGACGCCCUGCUUGCCAAUAACCCCCGCUGGGUACGCGGCACACAAACCCCAGGAACAAUUCUCACAGGUGCCAACAGCACCAGCGUAGCAACAUUCACUGGCAGCUAUUCAUUCACGGAUCGCCCAGGAGCGUCAUUUGCACUACCCACUGAUGCCAAAUUUGUCUCUUGGCCUCAGACUGGUGCCAUCCUGAAAAAGGCACCGCACCCCGAAGGUGCAAAAUUGCUCCAUAGCUUCAUGCUCAGCGAUGAGUAUCAGAAGGGUAAUGGUAGGUGGAGCGUCCGCGAAGAUGUUCCGGCGGCUGAGGGCCAUCAUAAAAUUCUUGAGGAGCCUAACACGGAUGCACCCGCAUUUGCCAAGUGGAUGGCAGACCGUGCAAGUGUCGAGAGGAGUAGGUUCUUCUAUGAAGAUAGAAUUGGUACCGCGCAAGGUCUCAGCCCACUCAUUGACAACCUAUGA